AUGACCAUACUGCCCAAAUUCAACUCUGUACGCCGACAGCAGCGGAACAAAGGUUGGGGUUCUUCCAAAACAAAUACAGCGACAAACUCCAAUGGCAACGGCGGCAAUCCACAGAGCUCCGCGUCCAAGGAAUCCUCCAGUGACACCGACAGGACACUCACCUAUGACUCUCCCGACGGCAGUCGGACCAAGGCACAAGUCAAACGAGCGACACGAACACGACUAAUCUUCUGCCUUCUCUCUUCUUUGCUCUUCCUCAUCUCCUUUGUCUUUCUCAUCCUCGUGUGUAUCGGCAAUGUGUCAAUCAAGCCUGUGCUCAAGGACACAUAUUUCCUCAAGCUGGACCUCAGCAACAUAAUUCCGCAAAGUGUGCCCAAUGCGGUACUUAUCAACAGUAUUGCCCGAACGUUGGGCCUGCACGACUUUUACCAAGCUGGAUUAUGGAACUUUUGCGAAGGAUACAAUGACGAGGGUGUCACGUCGUGUUCGGACCCAGAGUCUCUGUACUGGUUCAAUCCCGUAGACAUUCUUUUGAAUGAGUUAUUAUCUGGCGCAACAAUUGCCCUACCCGCCAACAUCCAAACAGCAUUGAACCUCGCGAAAACUGCCUCGCACGUCAUGUUCGGCUUCUUCAUCUCUGGUACGGUGCUUUGCUUCCUGAGCAUUUUCCUGGCUCCCUUCUCUGUGUUCUCGCGAUGGGCCGCCCUGGGCAUUGGUCUCUUCACUUUUAUCGCCGCCCUCCUUACGACUGUCGCGACGGUCAUUGCCACCGUCAUGUUCAAGGUGUUUCAGAACGUCUUCAUGUCCGCCACGGAUAUCAAUAUCAUUGCCACGCUAGGCCCACGUAUGUUUGCUUUUAUGUGGAUCGCCACCGGCACUGCAGUCAUCGCCUGGCUCUUCCAGGCCGGCAUGUGCUGCUGCUGCGCCAGUAGACGGGACGUGCGCACCGGCCGCAAACGAGGCAGUCGCAAGGCUUACCUCGGUGGUAAUGGUGCUACUACAGAUCCUGGCGCCGGCGCCGGCGCCGCUGCUGCUGCUGCUGGAGACGAGGAAAAGCAGCAGGAGAAUGGACCCCGCAAGCGCCAAAGACCCGGGCUCGGGUCAAAGAAGGAGUAG